CAGAGAAACCUUCUGUUCCAGUGCAACACUGCCGUCGGAGUGAAGGCGUUCUUCGAUAUGAUGCACAGCGGACCGCACAAGGUGAUGCUGUUCGGAGCAGCCUGCACCCACGUCACCGAUCCCAUCGCGAAAGCGUCCAAGCACUGGCGUCUAACGCAGCUCAGCUACGCCGACACGCACCCGAUGUUCACCAGCAACAGCUUCCCGAAUUUCUUUAGGGUGGUACCCUCCGAGAACGCUUUCAACGCUCCUCGCGUAGCUCUUUUGAUACACUUCAAUUGGACCAGAGUCGGCACGAUUUAUCAAAACGAACCGAGAUACGCCCUGGCGCACAAUCGACUGGUCGCUGAUUUGGACGACAACAAGAUGGAGGUCGUGGAGACGCAGAGUUUCGCCACGGAGGUCACCACGGCCCUCGAGAAGCUCAAGGAGAAGGACGUUAGGAUAAUUUUAGGCAAUUUUAACGAAGUCUGGGCUAGACGAAUAUUCUGCGAGGCCUACAAAUUCGGGAUGUUCGGGAGAAAGUAUCAGUGGGUGAUCAUGGGAACGUACGCGGAGGAGUGGUGGCUUCGAUCCGGAGGCGGCUGCGACUCCGCGGAGCUCUCGGAGGCUCUGCACGGGGCCAUCUUGACGGAUUUGCUGCCGCUGACGACCGAGGAGCGGUACACCGUAGCUGGAAUCACGCCGGAUCAAUAUCGAGUCGAAUACGAUUCGAGACGAGGCACAGAAUAUUCGAGGUUUCACGGAUACACGUAUGACGGCAUAUGGGCGGUCGCAUUGGCCAUACAACACGUGGCGCGCAGAAUAAGGCACUACCGUCGCAAUCAGACUAUAUCGGAUUUCAGAUACAGGGAUGCGCUGUGGGAGAAGCUUUUCCUCGAAGCGCUCAGAAACACCAGCUUCGAGGGUGUGACGGGUCCCGUGCGUUUCUACGAUAACGAACGGAAAGCGUACAUCCUGCUGAAGCAGUUUCAAAGUGACAGCGAGGUAAAGGUAGGGGAGUACGACGGUGUGUCCGGUAUCUUGGACCUGAGCAGAGGCGAGCCGCUGGUCUGGAGAGGAAGAUCACCGCCGAAAGAUCGAACCCUUCACAUGAUCGAGCACUCGACUGUAAAUAUUACCAUCUACGCGGUGCUCGCGUCGGCGGCUAGCGUGGGUAUCGUCAUGGCGGCCAUUUUUCUUGCCAUCAAUAUUAAAUAUAGAAAUCAAAGAUACAUAAAAAUGUCAUCGCCGCAUUUAAACAACCUCAUUAUCGUCGGAUGCAUGCUGACCUACAGCAGUGUAAUUUUCCUUGGGUUAGAUUCGCAGCUGUCCAGCGUAACGGCAUUUCCCUACAUUUGCACCGCCAGAGCAUGGCUACUGAUGGCUGGUUUCUCGUUGGCCUUUGGUUCCAUGUUCUCGAAAACCUGGCGAGUACAUUCCAUCUUCACCGACGUUAAGCUCAACAAAAAGGUCAUAAAAGACUAUCAGUUGUUCAUGGUGGUCGGUGUAUUGUUGGUUAUCGAUCUGGGGAUUAUGACCACGUGGCAAGUCGCCGAUCCAUUUUAUAGAGAAACAAAGCAAAUGGAACCCUAUCCUCAUCCCUCCAGCGAAGACAUCAUCAUUAUACCCGAAAACGAAUACUGUCAGAGUAAUCGAAUGACCGUGUAUUUAGGGUGUAUAUACGCGUACAAAGGACUGUUAAUGAUAUUCGGCGCUUUCCUAGCAUGGGAAACGAGGCACGUCAGUAUCCCGGCGUUAAACGACAGCAAAUACGUAGGCAUGAGCGUGUACAACGUCGUGAUCAUGUGCGUAACCGGAGCAGCCAUAAGCUUCGUGCUGGCCGACAAACAGGACGCCAUGUUCAUUAUGUUGGCGGUGUUCAUAAUAUUCUGCAGCACGGCUACCCUCUGCCUGGUUUUCGUACCGAAGCUCAUAGAACUACGAAGGAAUCCUCAAGGCGCGAUAGACAAACGUAUCAGAGCCACUCUGCGACCGAUGUCGAAGACGAGGCGGGACUCGAGCAUCAGCGAGUUGGAAGAGCGUCUGAAAGAGGCUACGCUGGCGAAUCAAAAAUUUCGUACGCAACUUUUGGAGAAGGAUUCGGAACUUCAGGCAUUUCUAAGAAGGCUGGACGAUCAAGCGGCGACGAACACGCAAGAGGCAAUGGACAGGCUGACGGUCCCGCGGCAAGAGGGCACGACGAUCAAGAAAGAAGGUCUAUCGGUCACCACCGAGACAACGGAUAUCUCAAUGUCGAUGUGCAGUCUCAACUCCACCACCAUCUCCCAACCGGAAGGCGACUACGCGAACACGACCACGACCGCGACCACGACCGUGACCACGGCCACGGCCACGAGCACGGCCGACUCGCACGUCGCCAAAAAAAAGACGUCCUUCUCGAAAGUGCCGGCGAUCGCCAUCGACAGCGAACGGGUCCCGCUGGUUCCACGGACGGAAGGAGGAAAAGAGGAGGUCCCGACACCUGCGCCUGUUCUCAAACACGCCGACGAAUCGGGCCGCAGAAGGAGCCGUUCUGGAGGGUCCGGUAAGGAGAGCGAACCUCUGAUCGAGAGAAGUCCGGACUCGCGACCCGACGGUAAAACGAACGUCGAGUUCGUGCCGGAAAUCGUGGAAGAGGGCGACGCAGUCGUUCUCGAGGAAACCGAGAUUCCCCGGCACGGCAAACCGAUCAGAUGCAAAGACGAUCGCAGGUCCAGACUUCCGACACCUCCUCCGGCGAAGAACGUCUCCUUCGGCGAGCUCCACGAACAGAACUACCUCGAACAGGCGAUCUUGCCGCCCCCGUUGCAGUUCGUGCACAAACAUCGGCAUUCCGGUUCGGCGAACGUCUCUCAUCAGUCGCUUAAGAGGAGGUCGUCCGUGAAGAACAACGGAAUGGCUCACUCUCAUCACGAACUGUUCCAAAGUCGGAGAACCAGCGUGCCGGUCAACUCGAUUAGUUACAUCUCCACGGAGAACGUCUCCAAGUCCGACGCGGCGGAGAUCUCUCUCGGUUCGUUCGACAAGUCUUACGUGAUCGGCGGUUGCGGUCACAGGCUGGCCUUGUUGACCGGCGCCGGUUAUCGCUGCGAGAAACACGGCGGCCGAGGGCAUUCGCACGCGAUGUUCAACGGCUCGGCAGAGACGCCGCCGCCCUCGAGACGACAGAAGAAACGGUAUGACUCUCAGAACGCCAGCUCGCCGAGCGUGCCGGCGAUGGUCAACGCGAGCUGCUCGGACACCGAGAAGUACGAGGAGUCCAUGUCGACGAUCAUCCAGCGAUCCGUGUCGGAACGGUCGCGGGAGAAGUGUCUUCGUCUGCGGAGCGACGGACACCCCGUGAUCGAGUGUCCUCAUCGCGCCGCUCGGCGAAUACGGGAGUGCAGGCACACCGAAUCGAAGCUUCGGCAGCAGGCCCGGUUGGAGUACGUGCAGAGCACGCCGAACGUGGCCACCAUUCACAACAGCAAAUUCGCGAGCGCGAAUCCGCGAGGCGGAGGCGGAGGCGUCGGAGGAAAUGGAGGAGGAAAUGCGAACGGAUCCAGGGUGGGAUCUGUUGCCACCAGCUCGGACGUGGUCGGUGGCUCGACGGUGAACGUCUCCAAGAUGUACAGUGCCGUGUCGGACGGUGAACUGCUGGAUCUGGCGAUCUUGCCGAUAUUCCAGAAGCUGCUCACCGAAAGGCACAAGAGCUCGAGGGGCGGAUACGGCGCCAGCGUAGCCAGCUGUCCGAAUAUAUCGAUCAAAUGCGACAUCGUUGAAUACCUUUAACGAUCUUCCGGCAAUUAGUUUUCAAUUUCACGCGAAUAAACGAACCGUUCUCUCUCUUUCUCUCUACCGGGCUCUAAUCGUCUCUCGUGGAACGGACUCGACGGUUUACGAUUAUAACGGCGUACUUUCUUCUACUCCUCCCUCCUUUGUUCCCGAUCUAUCGAUUAUCGUAACCCUUCGAUAUUUCCUUCGUAAACCGCGAUCGGUCGAUUCGCCGUGUAAUCUCCGACAUCGUGGCUAAACGUUCCAACGAGAUCUCGCGAGGAUAAACAAUUUUUUAUACGAUCGAACUUUUAAUCCAACGCGUGCUCGUACGUACGAAAAGUUAUACAUACGAGACUGAACGAGGAUGCCUCGUGCGAUUACCCAUCGAGAAUUUUCGUGCACGAACACCGGUUGCUAGAAAAAUCCCGACAAGGAACCGAAUGCUAUUCUUUGGCCAUUUUUUUCUUGCUUUCUCCUCGCUCGAUCCUCGCUCGACCGUCGACGUUUUAUCGACGCAUUGUUCCAACGCGGAACAAUUGUUCUCUUUUUUCCCAACGAACGAGAAGGAAAACGCAUCGAUCAGGGAUAUCGAAUCGAAACGUAGAGUAUAUAGCGUAUGCAUCCAAUGUAACUCUCUGUCACUGUAAGCGUAAUCCUUUCGAAUGAUUCGAUAGUUUGCGAAAUAUCUAGCGGAUGUCGUACGAUACGAAGAUCGAAGCGUUUUAUAGAACAUUUUUUACGUUCUGGUCUCGAGAGGGAAAUGCGUCUCCUGUUGUCUGAAAUCAGCUUUUUUCGUUGUAAGUCCUCUUCGUUGACCUUCGUAAAUCUUCGUUGUCGUAUGGAUUUCGAAGUUGCGAAAUUUUGAACGAUCGAACGUUGCGAUCCUUUUCGUUCCGUGCGCACUUUUUUUUCAACGACGAUCGAGAAGCCUACGAUUAGUAUUACGAGAUCGAACAGGCGUCCGGAUGUUUAGAAAAGCGUACUACUUAUCCGAGAGCCUAAUGCUCGUUACAGGAUCUUUAUUGUGUGGUUACGCGAGUCUUGUACAUAACUCUCGAAAUAAAUGUCAUGUUUACAGGUAACAAAAUAGGCGUUUGUCGUGUAAAAAAUUAUACCCGUUGUUUUCUCGUCAAACGAUCGGACGGAUCGUUCACGGCAUGGCACUGAUUCCCUUCGUUUUGUAUUUCCGAAGCAAUACUUGUCUUUGUAUCCGUGUAUCGUACACGUAUGCGUGUUAUCGAUAGUUAGCCGUUCGCGAGACGCGACGCACGAAAAAUUUGACACCUUGGCAAAUUUCUAUUAUUUAUAAUAACUAAGGGUCGAUACUAACAGGUCAAUUAUAUUAAAUUUUAUCAAUAAAGUUGGUUCAUUCGUUUUACCAUUUUGAACUUUUUACCAUUUAACGGUCGUUACGUUCGACGAAACACCGGAAAUGUUUCCUACAACAGCAGCAUACCUAUUCAUCGAAAUUAUGUUCCGAAAAUUCGAACGGAUCUGAAUUAACGAACAGUACACACGCUAGCAUAAAGGGUACAAAGAGGUAACGUUGCAUCCUCCAAACAAUUACAAGACUAUCGCAAUUGUAAUAUUUAACGUUCGUUUUCCCGCGUUCAACGCGGUGCAACGCAAUUUCCUGUUAAUGUAAAGUGAAUAGAGUUUAAUAAACCAACGAUUUGAUACUAACGCUCAA